AUGGACUCAAAUGAAUUGGUUAUAAAAUCGUCAAAACGCGACGGUCGACGGACUAUCCGCUCACCGCGACGGAGUGUUCAAAGAAACCAAGGCUUUGGGCGAAAAUCGCUGUCCUCAGCGGUCGACGGAGUAUCUGCUCAUCGUGACGGAGUGUUCAAAGAAACCAAGGCUUUAGUCAAUUGUUGGAAGGACAAAGAGAACGAUUCAUCUGAAACCGAAAAAGACUGCAAAGAAAUUUCUGUAAUUUAUCGUUGGAAUGUGUGGGAAAACAAAUGCCAACGUACAGUUUUUGGAGCUUGUAAACCAUCCAGAAACGUAUUUUAUUCGCUAGAGGCUUGCGAAGAAGUUGCUAAACUAAAUGUCAUCAAUCAAGCAGAUAAAGCAACAUUGUGCAGGUUCGGUGAAGAAGAAGAUAAAAAUAAUCCACUUCACGUGUCAGUGUGA